UUUUUUUAUUUAGCAGGAGAGAAGAACGAGAGCGAAGAGUUCGUGAGCGGAUGGCUCGCGAACCUGGGAGGUUUCGGGAUGAAACCCACUGUCGCACGGUGAUGCGACGGGAACGCAACGACGCUUUCCAAGCGGAGGCUGUUCGGCGAGGAUUGGCGUUACCACGACCACGCCGUCCGUGUGUUGCCCCGGCAUUAUCACCACCGGUACCCUGCCACACCGUGGUCGCUCCGGCUGCACGACCAGAUUUUACGGCACGCUGGCAGAAGGGUUGCACCCUGGCUCGGGCUGUGGAGAAGUUAGAAGGACGCCCAUCAACAACUCGGUCUAUACAGCCAUCUUUUGUACCACCGGCGCGCCCCGUAUCAUCACCCGAGGUCACCCAAGCGCUCAAGCGCACUCGUUGGGACCCCAUGGGGGACGAGACGUUGACCUCAGCGGAGGCUGAGGAGUUGGCUUCUUAUGUGCCCACCACCGCUGCACCGGAGGUUGUCUUCGUCGGACCUGAAGGGGAAUUGGUUCUACCUGAACCAGGGUCGGAGAAGGACCCUCUAGCGGAAGACAAAGAGGAGGUAGACAGCCAGUCGGACGACUCCGAUCUAUUAAUUAUAGACGAGGAAGUGGUCGUUGACCCUGUCGAACCCGCACAAGUUGCGGAAGAGUGA